UGUUUCCCCCUCAGCCCCGGUCAGGGGGAGCGGGGACCCCCAAAACCACUAUGGGGCCAGGCUGGGGCAAAGGGGACCUCCCUGCCCCUCUGUGGGGCCCGGCCGGGAGGGUCAAAACCCCUCUCCCACACACAUCCCCAUCGGGCCCGGCCGGGGAGGAGCAGAGGCCCCCACCCCGACCCUCCUCAUUAUUUUACAGUGUGAUUUCCGCUGUGGGGGCUUUGUGGCUUCACAAACCGUCACAGUCAAACCGGUAGAACUGAUUUUGUGGAAGCCUGGUUGAACUAAGAAGCUGUGAUAGAUUUGGAGAGCCUUGAAAGAAUGACUGUGCAGCCCUGAUCUCAGAAGAGGAGUCUUUAAGGAAAGAUUGAGGCCUCUGAGCAGUAGAUUUGUCACCAGGCUGCAUCCAUGAUGGAUUUACUGGGGUGUGAGGGGUGUAGCCAUUGUGCAUGUCUGUGUUUAAUAAUCAGUUUGAAUUCCUCUUCAAGAAGGGGCCCCCAGUCUUGCUGCUGUUGUUUUCAUUGACAAAAUUCGAUGUGACAGUAGACAGAUAAAAAAUGUUCUGAAUUGUGCAUAAAUCUGAGCAGUGCAACUGCAAGGACAGAAUAAAUUUAGAUGUGGACUCCCACUACUGCCCCAGCUGCCUGGAGAACAUGCCUUCAGCUGAAGCCAAGCUGAAAAAGAAUAGGUGUGCCAACUGCUUCGACUGCCCCUGCUGCAUGCACACCCUCUCCACCCGUGCCACGAGCAUCCCUGCCCCGCUGCCUGACGACCCGGCCAAGACCACCAUGAAGAAGGCCUAUUACCUGGCCUGCGGGUUCUGCCGUUGGACUUCCCGGGAUGUCGGGAUGGCAGACAAGUCUGUAGCGAGCGGUGGUUGGCAGGAGCCGGAGAAUCCUCACACGCAGAGGAUUAACAAACUGGUUGAGUACUACCAGCAGUUGGCUCAGAAGGAGAAGAUCGAGCGGGAUCGAAAGAAGCUGGUGCGACGCAGAAACUACGUGCCCCUGGCCUUUUCGCAACACACUAUACACGUAGUGGACAAAUACGGCCUUGGAACCAGGCUCCAGCGCCAGAGGCCCGGAGCGCCCAUCAGUGCCCUCGCUGGACUCUCCCUGAAAGAAGGAGAAGACCAGAAGGAGAUCAAGAUCGAGCCAGCUGAUGCAGUGGAAGAAGUGGAGCCUCUUCCUGAGGAUUACUAUACAAGACCAAUCAAUCUGACAGAAGUGACGACUCUGCGUCAGCGCCUGCUGCAGCCUGACUUCCAGCCCAUCUGCGCUUCCCAGCUCUACCCACGUCACAAGCACCUCCUGAUCAAACGCUCGCUGCGCUGCCGGAAAUGUGAACAUAACCUGAGCAAACCAGAAUUCAAUCCAACGUCUAUCAAAUUCAAGAUCCAGCUGGUUGCUGUGAACUACAUCCCUGAAGUGAGAAUCAUGUCUAUUCCCAACCUGCGCUACAUGAAGGAGAGCCAAGUCCUUCUGACUCUGACCAAUCCUGUGGAGAACGUCACACAUGUCACACUGCUGGAGUGUGAGGAGGGAGAUCCUGACAACAUCAACAGCACUGCCAAGGUGUCUGUUCCUCCCAAGGAGCUUAUUCUGGCUGGCAAAGAUGCUGCGGCAGAAUAUGAUGAGCUGGCAGAGCCUCAAGACUUCCAGGAUGACCCUGACGUUAUUGCCUUCAGAAAAGCCAACAAGGUGGGAGUUUUCAUCAAGGUCACCCCACAGAAAGAAGAGGGCGAGGUGACCGUGAGCUUCAAGAUGAAGCAUGAGUUCAGAAACCUCACAGCUCCCAUCCGGCCCAACGAGGAGGGCGACCACCCCUCGGAGGUCAUCUGGCUCACCCACCACGUGGAGCUCAGCCUGGGCCCCGUGCUCCCAUAGAGGCUCCCAGCGCUUGCUCCCCGACGGCUGGCACGGGACGGACUGGCACACUGAGAAAGCACCUGCUGGAAGGUUCUGCCAGAGCUCCUUUGUGAUGUGUGGGUGUGCCAUGGGCCCCAGCCGGCCGUGAGGAGGGGGCUGAGGGUGCCGUGGUUUGGGAUGGUUUGUUCUCUCUCCCCUUGUCGUAGUGCCCACUAACCACCACUCCACUUCCCCUCACUGCCACAAGCUAGUUUAACUCGCAGCACGUGUCAGAGCACAGAGAAGGGUCUUGCUUUCUCCAGGUUUGCGCUGAGUUUGGCUCUAUCAACAGAUAAUUCUGGCUGAAUUUGGAUUUAUUCUCAUAAAAGAACCCAUAUUGUUUUUUCCUGAUGUUCCAUGCUCUGUAGUGAACAACUUCUCUUUCACUCAGAACUAUGCCCUUCCCAAACCAACAUUUUAAGAGGUGGCCGUGCCUGCUGCAUUACUGGCAAGUUACUGGCAGCAGCACAGUGUUUUCUUUUGGUUUUCUGCUUCCUCGUAGGAUACCUCAACUGUGGGGGACUGGGAUGUACAGCCCUACCCCUCUGGCAAAUGUAGCUUGCUUAGCUGAGGUGGCAGAUCUGUUGUCACAAAGGAGUUGAUGAGUUUGCCUUUAAACUUUAAACAUAGUGUACUGUAGUGUUCAUGGAUUUGACUGGCAACCGAGCCUACCGUCGGCCCGCUGGGCCUCGGGUGGAUGUGGCAGCAGGAUGCACUGCAAGCUGGGAAUUCAGGUGCUGCUGCACCUCUUGAGUGAGGCAGGAAUGCUCUGGAGAGGCUGCCUGGCAGUCUUCAGCUCCAUAAGUGUGUUGUUAGGGAUCAUAGUCAUCAGAGUGUGAAACCUGGAGAGUUAAGAUUAGUUCUGGUAGUGGUAAACCCACAAAGGUGGUUUUUGGGUUCAUGCUCUGUGUUUUUCUAGUUAGGGUGGGUGCAGCGAAGGUGUAAAGGUGGAACGUCUUUGUUUGUUAACUACACACACUGUACACAAGGUCACUUACCUGGGGUGUAAUUUGGCUGCAGCCCAAGCUGAAAUGGGUGGUUAAGAGCUGUGUAUCCAGGACACUGCAUGGCUGAUGCAGGCAGGUGAGACGGCUCUUCCUGCAGAGCAUUCCCACUUCAGUUAUUGACCUUAGUUAAACGUAUCUGAUGGGCUUUGAUGUGCUGCUCUGCUGGGAAAGGCUUGAGGGCCAGCCAGCCAUGGCUGCGUCACUCCAGAUGCUCAUGCCGUGGCUCUGCCAGCCUGGAUCUGUGGAUCCUCUGUGUGGGAGCGCAGGAUGAGGCUGCCUGCACCCCACGGGUGGUGCUGCAGCACCCAAAACGUCUCCCUGAGCGCAAGAAACCUGCCGUGGUGUGCGGGAGGGGCUCCCACCUCACAGCCCCGAUCCCGGGCAGGUCUCAAAGCGGCAAGGCAUCACGUUUACGACUUCGUGUAGGUUACACGCAGAUGUACAGCAUGAGUUUGAGACUUGUAGUUAGUAGUUUAUGUAUAGUGCUAGUGCCUGCUGCGGCUUCACCUGCCCAGAUAACAAAGCACCGCACCUCUGGCCGCACCUUCUCCUGUUCAGUAGCCAAAACAGCUGCUACACUUGCGACACGACUGCAGACAAGCCGAGAUGGCGGCUGGCCCGGGGCUUGAGCUGUGCCCGGGGCUGGUGGCCACUGUCCCCCUGGUGCUGGCCUGGGGUUUGCUGCAGGCCAGUGCCACCUGCGCCCCUCUCCCUACAAACACAAGGUGCACUGAGUCGCGCUGUUCCGAGCGGCCUGAUGAGCUCGGCCAGUUUUUUCCCCCCCCUCCCUGUAGGUGCUGUAGGAAAGGUGUCUCGGUGCGUCCCUGUCCCCGCUCCCCGGCAAGGCGCCUGUUGCCUUAUGCUUGACGUCGUGUAGUGACCUUCAAUAAAACACAACGUGGCUCUCGGA